GUUUUCUUAAUCCAAAGAUUUUUUUUAUAUAUAAUUUUGAUAUUUUGUUACUUUAUAUUCUUUUGAUUAUUUUUAUAAGAUUUGAAAAUUUGUAAUCUGAGACGACAAUACGAUGAAAAUCUGUAUAUGUUAAAUGAAAAGUCGAAUAAAUGGAAAUUGAGAUUGAAUUUUCGCAGCACAUUGAGUGUCUAUGAGGGAUGUAUCACAGGUGGUCUACUUUGGAUGUUAUUUUGUGUUUUGUUUAUUUAACUAUUUUUUUCAGAGGUUCUAGUGUAUUUUGAAAUUUAAAGUUCUUUUACAGAUAAAAUUUUUUUUCACAUAUCGACACGUCUGAAAGGGGAGAGUGUAACAGGAAGUAUUUUCGUGUCUCCUUAUUCAUAAAAUUUUACAAGUGUCGACAAACUUUAUUAUCAUUUAUAAAUAAUUUAUUGAACCCCUAAUUAAUUAUCGAUGUACGAUCCUGGCGUUGUCAUGGUAACGACGCAUGCGACACCGGCGUGAAGGCGACAAGAUACAUCAUGAUCACUUUUGGAUCGAACGUCGAUGCGAGUACAUAUUUCAAUUUUCUAACUUAUUGUCGAUUAUUCUGAGAGAAUAUUAUAAAGUGAGUGAGAUUCGUAUCAAUUGGCCAAUCCGGUUGUUUGGAGAGUGAAUCUCUACAAAAUAUAUUGAACUGUCGACAUCAUGAGUAGCGAGCAGAGUUCGUCCGACAGCCUACCAGCGACCGACAGGGAAGCUGCUCGACUCCAGAUGGAGAAAUUAAGAACGGCACAAGAGCGAAUUACUAAUAUGAUGGUGGCUCUUCAAUCGCAAUUCGGCGAUGAUAUUGAUAACGAUGAAACAACGUCGACGAAUGCUGUGGAGGUUCCUGAGCCCUCUACUAAUGUCUCUGAUGAUCCGGAUGCUGUGGCUUUGGAGUCGACUGAAAAUAUGGGUGAACCACUUUUUAGUCAUAUUGAACAAUCUUCGGCGGCUGCAGACAGUCAAAAUAAUCGAUCAGUGUCGACGAUAACCUCCGUGAAAAUAGGUUCUGAGAAAGCUUUGGAAACCAUUCGGAGAAUCAGCGAGAUGGAACCACCUACGCUUGAGAAGAAUCCAGUGCGAAUAUUAACCGAGGCCGACAUUCGUCGAGAAAAUCUUAAACGGCAGCGUAUAAAAAAUUACGAUCACGCAAAGGAGAUUGACCUGUCGACUAAUGAGCUCUUGACGAUGGCCGUGUACGAGACAACAGAAGUGGCUCCAUCGGUUCGUGUGGAUCCUUUGCCGUUAACCGAGAUUCCGAACUUCACUCAAGUGCUGGAAGAAAUGGGAAUACCGGAUUUGGUAAAUCCACCUGGGGAACAACAACCCCUAUACAUGGUCGACUGCAGAAUAAUCAGCCUUCAAUUACUUAAAAAGCUGAUUAUAAAGCGAGCAGAACACAUCGCGAUGGUGGCAGACGCCAAGAAAGUCGACGUUGGAACCCAGACUUAUGUUACAACUGCGGGUAAACAACUCUGGCCCUACGGUUGCAUUAACUGCAAAUCAAGGGAACAUCAUUUCCGCGAGUGUAACCUUCCAUACAGACCGGGAUUCUGUACUGAAUGCGGUGCUGAGGGAUUCGACACCAAGGAUUGCAUUUACCCCCAUGGCAUCGAACAUGAACGUGUGCUUGGACGGUGUAUUGGUUGUUCAGGGGAUGAAUUUUUGUACUCUCCAGAAUGCCCCGAUUGCAAUAUCCGCCAUGCAGGGAUUGUCGACUGGUUGCGCCUUAAUUACGCAACCUGGCCUUCUUGGAUGGUACCACGCGAUCAUCAAUUCCUUAUUGGAGGUGAAGCCGAAAGGUUGAAAAGGAAGGUUAAGGCGAAGUUUGAUAAUCCUCGAGAUGAGCCAAACAAGGUUCGCAAAUUCCUUUUAAGAGAAAACGUCUUCCGUCAGGUAAAGGAGUUCAAAAAUUUGGAGUCGAAAACAGCCUACCAAAUGUCGGAGGAAAAGCGCCAACGCGCAAUCGAGGCUUUGUUGGCCUCAAUAUCGACCGAUUCCAUCGAGGAGGUGAUGAGGAAGCGACCAGAACUCUCUGACGGACAGGAGUUGAAAAUCAUCGUUCCGACGAAGUUCAAGAAUUCUUCGGAAUAAUAAUGUCGACGUUUUCUUAAUCCAAAGAUUUUUUUUAUAUAUAAUUUUGAUAUUUUGUUACUUUAUAUUCUUUUGAUUAUUUUUAUAAGAUUUGAAAAUUUGUAAUCUGAGACGACAAUACGAUGAAAAUCUGUAUAUGUUAAAUGAAAAGUCGAAUAAAUGGAAAUUGAGAUUGAAUUUUCGCAGCACAUUGAGUGUCUAUGAGGGAUGUAUCACAGGUGGUCUACUUUGGAUGUUAUUUUGUGUUUUGUUUAUUUAACUAUUUUUUUCAGAGGUUCUAGUGUAUUUUGAAAUUUAAAGUUCUUUUACAGAUAAAAUUUUUUUUCACAUAUCGACACGUCUGAAAGGGGAGAGUGUAACAGGAAGUAUUUUCGUGUCUCCUUAUUCAUAAAAUUUUACAAGUGUCGACAAACUUUAUUAUCAUUUAUAAAUAAUUUAUUGAACCCCUAAUUAAUUAUCGAUGUACGAUCCUGGCGUUGUCAUGGUAACGACGCAUGCGACACCGGCGUGAAGGCGACAAGAUACAUCAUGAUCACUUUUGGAUCGAACGUCGAUGCGAGUACAUAUUUCAAUUUUCUAACUUAUUGUCGAUUAUUCUGAGAGAAUAUUAUAAAGUGAGUGAGAUUCGUAUCAAUUGGCCAAUCCGGUUGUUUGGAGAGUGAAUCUCUACAAAAUAUGUAAGUAGGCCUUUUGUGAAAUAUAUAUCUUUCAAUCGA